AUGACCUCUGUCGCGUUUCCUCCGUCCCGCCUUCUUUUCCGCGAUGACGUGAACGACUUUUUAAGCGAAGAACUUUCAGAGGAUUCUCCCUCCCCGCUCUGGCGGAUUCUCAAUUCUGUCGACGUUUUCGAAUCGCACAUUUUGCCAAAGUUAGACGUCAACGCCUUGAAAUUCUUCACCGCGUCGAACCGCGCGUGUAAAAAGCUCGUCCUCGAACGAUGUUAUGAGAACAACCAAUCGAAACGAAAACAGUUAAAACGUAAACUUCGAAAGCCGUUUCUCAUCCACGAAAUGACCUCAGAGUCGACUUUAGAAUACGCGUUCGAGAGAAGACCAAACGAGAUGAAGAUCGAAGAGUUCGUCUCGCGAAUCGGAACCGUCGAGUUGCUCGAAUUCGCGAAAGAAACGAAAGGCUGGCGUAUGGAUUCGCAAACGCCGCGCCUGGCGGCGUGCGCGGGAAACUUACGGGUUUUAAAAUAUAUCGCCGAAAAACAGAGUCACUUACUCGAUGAAGGCGCGUUAGUCGCGUGUUCGUUUUACGAGCGGAAGGAGUGUUUACGAUUCUUGAUGGAGAAGAACGUUCCGGCGGAUCGUUUCGCUUUCGGUAUCGGCGCGUUUUCGAGACGCUGGAAAGCGAUGUUUGACGCCUACGAGAGGAUCGUUCAAAAUACGACUCUCGAUGACGACGAUGAUUUUUGCGAAAAGAAAAGCGAAAACGAGUCGAUUCUCACGACAGAGACGCAGGUAAUGGUCGUUCCAGAUGGUUCCUUCUGA